AUGAACGUGCUCGUUCAGGGAGCAGUUCACGCUCUCGGGUACUACGAAGACGGAAAAUACAACAGAGAACCGGACUGCUAUGGUGAGCUUUCAAUUCCUGAUUUCUGAUAAAAUUAGUAGUUUUCCAGAGACAAUUCGAGAUCUCAUUCGAUAUUUGCGAGAAGAUGGAGAUGAUUACACGGCAAGAAUCGAGUGCGGACGGCACAACCUGAUUGAGCAAGAUCUGGUGCCGAUGGUGAAAUGCGAUGAUCUUUCCGACGAGGAGUUCGAUAUUGCCAUUCGGUAUUUUUUGCGGAAGAAUCUACUGAAUUUAUAAUUUCCUUCAGAUUGAUGGUUAACCUGUGUCAACCGGCAAUCGCUUCGAUGCGAGGAAAAGCGCCGACAGACCGAGAUCAGUGGAAGAUGUACUGGGAUUUGGAAGAGAAUCUGAGAAGAGCGAAAAACGCAUUCACUGAUCCUCACUUCUUCUCCUCCGUCAAAAAACGCAUCGACAACUAUUUCAUCGAGACGGAAUAUGAAGAUCGCGAGGAGAGACUGAGACUGGUGGUCGAACGAAUCGUUCUGCUCAUCAAAUACAUCUUCUCGAUCAACCAGGACACUUCGGAAGGCCAUCGCACGCGCAUCGAAGACAGCUGUCACGACAGAGUCAUCGUGGCGUUUCUAGAAUCGGGAGUCGACAAAACUCUAAUGCACAUUGCGAAUCAGCCUAGAGAAAAAGAGUUCCAUGUUCAAAUUCUCGACAUUUUCGCUUUGAUUCUGAAAGAACAAACUGCUGAUGAUCUGGCAAAGGACGAGGAAGAAGGUGUCUCGGCGAGUGAAAAGAAGAAGACGGAAGAAGAGUUCCGGAAGAUUAUCGAGAAUCACGCAGUCAAAGAAGCCCAGAAGAGACGGUCGUUUUCUCGAUUCGGUGGAUCAUACGUCAUUAAGGGAAUGAAGGGAAUCUCGGCAAGUUCUAAUCAAGUUGUCUUCAAGCCAAUUCAAAAUGUGGCCAAACACAAUUUUUUGGAUAAUCGGAAGGCUAAAAAGACGGUUGCGCGGACCAGACGACCCUUCGAAAUAGACACGAACGCCCAUUCGUCAUCGUCGGAAGUUCGACAGAAGUUGAGAGAUAUGGUCAUCAGAAUGACGGAGACGUGCUUCAACCGACUGAUAAAAUCUGCAAAGUCUACAGUAUUCAUGCAAGGACACGUUCUCCAACGGAAUUCUCAAAUCAAUUACUUUUUCCUCGUCAAGUUCGUUCUCCGGUUCGUUCGGCUCUCCCGUCAAGAAUCGCUUUUGGAACGAAUUUCCGAGUGCACCGGAGUGGAAGCAUUCCACGAGAACAAUGUUCAACUGACCGAGUACGUGGAGAAUGCGACGAAUCUGAAAGGAGUGGAGGCGAAAAGUUUCGGACUGAAAGCGCAGUACGCUUUGGGAGCAUACAAUGAGCUCGUGCUCCUGCACAGGCACGUCUUCGAGCACACGAAGGACGAAGCGGAGAAGAAAAUGGCGAGAAGAGCACUGGAGCAUAUUGUGAAUGUGGAAGAGUACAGGGAACUGCCCGUUUCGAUUCUGAAAAGAUUCUCGCCGGCCGUUCUUUCCAAUAAUUUUCUUCGAGAACUCGUGCUCACGACUCAUCAUUACGUGAGACUCGUUGAAAAGUUUGUGAAGACUGGAUUUCUGAAAAAAGUAACAAAGAAAGUGAAAGUGAAAAAGCACAAGAAGGCAAAGAAACGCGCAGUUUCUGAAGAAGACAACCGAUCGGAGUUCGACUCGAUGACACAGGAAAGUCUGGAAGGCUUGUGGGAAGAAGUGAAGGAAGAAUUGGAAAGAAUUCUGAGAAAGGAGGAGCCGGAGAUGGAAGAUAUGAACCCGUUGAACUGGCAAUUAGAAGUAGACGAUCAUGUUCAGCAGCAGUUCGCAAUGCUCUCAAUUCAAAGAUCAUUGAGAUCCAAGGGACUUCCGGCUGCAGUCGGUCUUUAUCAUGCUUCAAGAAAGCUCUGGUCAACAGAUGCCAUCUUCGGGAACGAUGAAAUGACUGCUGAGGAAGAGCUGAAAGAACUGGAACAGAUUAUGACGACUGAUCUGAAGGAAGUGGCGAAGAGUUUGAAGACAGCCGAAAAGGAAGCGAGCAAGAAGUUCGAUACGAAAGGGUCGGAAGGAGGAGAAGGAAUAGAAGGAGAUGAGGCAGGAGACGAGGAUAACGAGGAGGAAGAGACGCCGUCGUGGAAAGUGGAAGAGGUCGACUUUGAGUUCGAGACCUACGUCAACAAGUAUUCAAACGUGGACGUGCUCAAAUGGUACGUCUUCCUGCUGAACGACUUCUCCCGCAACUCCGUCGAGCUCAAUCAAGCACUUGUCAAGAUGCUCCAUCGCAUCGCCGUCGACCUGAAACUCAUCACCCGUUUGUACCAAGUGUCCCUGUUCCAAGUGUUCGCCAAAGUUCACGAGCACUUUUCGAAUUUGACGACAGAGCUCAAGAAGACAAGUCACCUCUAUGAACUGUACAGAUUCGGACAACACGUGCUCCAAAAGUUCUUCGCAAAGUUUGCUGAAAUGGGAAAUGAUUUAGCAAUCGAAGCGCUCUUUUGGAAGGGACCGAGAGAGUGCUUUGAAAUCGAAAACGGCUAUGGAUCAUGGACGAAAAGCAAGGAGGCGGACGUUCGAGUGUGGACGGAAGAGCUGGAAACGGAGGUACGGAAUCUGUACGACGAGUUCACGACGGACGAUUCGGAGAAAAGUGAGAGUUGGAGUAUUUGACUGUUUUGAAUUUUCGUUUGUUGCAGCUGUCGACGUGCUCGACUUCGUGGAGCACAAUCUCUCGCGAGCCCGUUCUCGCAAGCAGAUUGCUAAGAAGCUUAUCGAAUUUGGACUCGAUCUACACGGAGCAAAAUGGAAAAACGAAAAGGCGCACAUGGAUUCCGUUCUUCCGAUCGGAGAUAUUCGGAAAUGGCACGACGAAUGGAAGGAAUCGGGAGCAGAAGGAGACGUCGUCAAUGUGCUCCAGGAAAAGCUCACGGAAUCAUUGGGAACGGAGAUCGCACGGAAAAAGAUCAUCAAGCAGUUGGCUCACAUGGGACUGGCGUACGAGAAGCCGAAGAAACAGAAGCCGCUGCCAGUUUGGAAUGAGACAUUGGUGGAGGAGUUAACUGCGUUGAAAGAGCAAUACGAAGAGAUCGACGACGCGGAAAACAUUUGUGAGUUGGAAUAAGGAAACGAAUAGAAAAGAAUGCUUUCAAUUUUCAGUGGGCGUUGACAUUGUGCGAUAUGUAAUGAAGAGACUGAGCGAGAAAAAGCCUUCGAGGCAGGUCGAAAGGUAUCUGAUUUCGAUGGGAGCGAAGGUUGCGGAACGGCGGAGAAAGGAAAAUAGCGAGCGGAGAGAGAAGAAAAAGAAAAUAAUGGAAGACUACGGAUUUGUGAAUGAUGACAGCGAUGAAGAGCUGGAGAAGGAGAAGAGUGAGGGAGAGGAGGAGGCCGAGGAGAUUCCGAAGAAGAAGCCGAAGCGGAAGGCGAUUCUGUACUCGGAUGAAGAGGAAGAACACGAGGAUCCAGUGCCCGUGAUGGAGAAAGAGAAGGAUGAGCCGGCCAUAAAAAAAACCGAGAAGAAGAAGGAGGAGCCUCCGAAGAAGUUGAACACGCUCAUGAGCAUCAUUGCCAACAAAAAACGGAAACUCGCGCAGUUGGCCAGUGACAGCGAAUCGAGUUCUUCGGACAGCGAUGAGGAUGAAAAAGACGGAGAAAAGAAGAAAAAGAAGAAGGUGUCUUCCGAUGAAGAUGACGACGCGGCUGUUUAUAAGGUAUGCAUCAGAACUGGCUAUGAAACAGUUUGUAAUUUGCAGAGAAGCUACACUGACGCCCUUCUGACCUCGGGAUCCGUGGCUGGCGCGGAGGAGACCCGCGACACUUCAGAAGAGCCGGAGGAUCCGUUCACGAAGCAGAUCAAGUUCAAGAGACGCAUUGUGAUGUCGGACAACGAAGAAGACGAUGACUGA